AUGACGACUAAAGCUAGAUCUACUGUUGCCGACAGCAAAGUCGCCGACAUGCAGCACGAUACCAUCGAGAUCAACAACAAGCAGCAUAUGACCACCGACUAUGGAAUUAAGAUCUCUGAUCCAGACCAUUGGCUCAGAGUCGUUAACGACAAAAACACUGGGCCAUCGCUACUGGAGGACCAGAUUGCCCGUGAGAAGAUUAUGCGCUUCGACCACGAGCGAAUUCCCGAGCGAGUCGUCCAUGCUCGCGGUACUGGAGCUUUUGGUACAUUCAAGUUAUUCGAGAGCGCAGAAGACGUCACAAGCGCCGGCGUCUUAACUGAUACUAGCCGGGAGACGCCUGUGUUCCUCCGCUUCUCUACCGUCCAGGGUAGUAAGGGCAGUGCGGAUACCGUCCGUGAUGUGCGUGGUUUCGCAGUGAAGUUCUAUACCUCUGAGGGUAACUGGGAUAUCGUCGGGAACAACAUCCCCGUUUUCUUUAUCCAGGAUGCCAUCAAGUUCCCUGACCUUAUUCACUCUGUGAAGCCUGAGCCGCAUAAUGAGGUCCCGCAGGGCCAAAGUGCGCAUAAUAACUUCUGGGAUUUUGUCUAUAUGCAUUCGGAGACGACACACAUGAACUACUGGCAAAUGUCUGACCGUGCUAUUCCUCGAUCAUACCGAAUGAUGCAAGGAUUCGGUGUUAAUACCUACAGCUUGGUCAACAAAGAGGGCAAGCGUCACUUCGUCAAAUUCAUUUUCACCCCAGAGCUUGGUGUGCACUCUUUCGUAUGGGAUGAAGCCCUCAAGAUCUGUGGACAGGAUCCCGACUUCCACCGCAAAGACUUGAUGGACGCUAUCGACGCUGGCCAUUUCCCACGCUGGAAGUUCGGUCUCCAACUUCUUCCUGAAGAGAAGCUCGACGACUUCGACUUCGAUCCCUUAGACGCUACCAAGGUCUGGCCCGAGGAACUGGUCCCCAUCCGCUACAUCGGCCAGCUCGAACUCAACCGCAAUGUCGACGAGUUCUUCCCUCAAACCGAACAAGCCGCUUUCUGUACUAGCCAUAUUGUCCCCGGCAUCGACUUCUCCGACGACCCUCUUCUGCAAGGUCGGAACUUCUCCUACUUCGACACCCAGAUCUCCCGGCUCGGCGCCAACUGGGAAGAACUCCCCGUCAACCGCCCUGUAUGCCCGUACAUGAACAUGGUUAACCGCGACGGCGCCAUGCGUCACCGUAUCAGCAAGGGCACCGUAAAUUACUGGCCCAACCGCUUCCAGGCGAACCCUCCUGCAACCCCAGCUCAGGGCGGCUUCACCAGUUACCCAGACAAACCAAACGGCUUCAAGGAGCACUACAACCAAGCCCAGACGUUCUACAACUCCCUGUCCCCCAUCGAGAAAGCCCACCUCACCAAGGCCUUCUCGUUCGAACUAGACCACUGCGAUGACCCUGUCGUCUACAAGCGCCUCUGCGAACGUCUCACCGACACCAGUCUCGAACUCGCCCAAGCGGUCGCCCAGAACGUCGGCGGCGACACGCCUAAGAAGGCUAACCGCUCCAACCACGGCAAGAAAGCCAAGGGCCUCAGCCAGCUGGAGUACAUGCCCAAGACUGCCGUGAUCGACACCCGCCGCAUCGCGAUCUUGAUCGCCGACGGCUUCGACUACGCCUCGUACACAGCCAUCAAGGAGGCCCUCUCUGCGCGCGGCGCGUUCGUCUUCACGAUCGGAGCUCAGCGCCAGGGUGUCGUCUCGCAGACAGGCGAGAAGGUUGUGCCGGACCAUUUCUUCAACGGCAUGCGCUCGACUCUGUUCGAUGCUACGUUUGUUCCGGGCGGAAAGCACGUGGAGACGCUUGCGAAGAACGGCGUCGCGAAGUUCUGGAUUACCGAGUCCUUUGCGCACCUGAAGCCUAUUGCGGCGGUUGAUGAGGCUGUUUCGUUUGUGCAGAAGCGCGUUGGAUUGGAUGAAGUUGUUGUCGCUAAGGCAGGUGAGAAGAGCAAGGAGUCGUAUGGUGUUGUGACCGGCUUUGGAGGAAAGGAUGUCUUGGGUGUGAAGGACGUCACGGCUGAGUCGAAGGGACUCGCGGAGAAGUUUAUCUGGCUUGUCUCGCGCCACAGGUGCUGGGAGCGUGAGCUGGAUGGCUUGGCGGACCAGGUUGCUGCUUAG